AUGGACUCCACUCGCGCAAUUAUAGCCCUUUGGCGCCUGUGUGUGCCUGCUGCGCGGUCCAAGGUUGGCGGAGACGGUGCGAUCCACGUGAACGUGCUGAAGGUGGUGCUGGAGCGAGAGCUCGAGGGGCACUUGGGGGAUUUCGGCCACAACUCGGCUGAUGAGAUCCUGCAGACCUACAUGCAGCCAGACCUGGAUGGCGUGGUCGGCUUUCUGCAGUUCUGGCGGGGCAUGGAGGAGAUCCUGCGCGCCAGGGGCACGAUGCGCUCCCACGCGCUGACGCGGGCACAGGAGGAGGCGAUUACGGGCUUCCGAUUCCUGAGAACCUGCCUGCUGGACAUGGCGGCGCGCCAGGUCUCGCAGGGCCGAUCGUCCUUCUCGGUCCAGGAAGUGAGGUACUUCAUGGACCGCACUAUCUCCCUCACGGGCCCGGAGGGAGAAGCCUUCUGGCGCCAAGUCGCAGGGGAGCUGCCGGAGGAUCCUGAAAUGCUGGUGACUGGCGAGGAGGUCGCCUCUGCAAUGUUAGCUUGGUUGGAGCAGCUGGUUGGCGAAGGGCCUGGUGAUGAGGAGGACUCAGCAGAUGAUGACGAGGAUGAGCCUGAGAGGGAGGCUCCAGCACUGACUCCUGAGGCCCAGGCGAUGGCGAGGCGCCUCAAUCCGCCGCUUGCCGUUCCAGCGGCGCCCACAGGGCCGCCUCCGCAGCGGAAGGUGCAGCGGCCCAGCCUGGUGCGGGAGACGUUUGAGAGAGGGCUCUCCGGCCUGCUCGCCAAGAGCGAGGCAAGGCCUACCCAACCGACCAAGGAGACGGUUGCGGAGUGGCGAGAGGUGAUUGAGUUUCAGGUCUCGCUUGCAAGAUGGAUGAAAUCUGUCAGCAAAGAGGAUUUGGACCUCGCAAAGUUCCACACCUUCGCCAAAUGCCACUUUGGGAAGCUGAGUGCGCGCCGGCGGUCCUCUGCCUCGCCGAGGAAACAAGGUCGACAGCUUCGAGAGAAGGCUGCGUUGGUGCUGAAGUCCCGGCUGCAGGGCAUGCUUGCGCGGCGGUUGUCAGAAAGCUUCUGCACGUGGCGAUCGCAACAGGUGUCUUUCAAGCCUAGUCGCAAUGUGGGUGACGUGCAGAGGUCCAGCAUCCUGAAAGAGUUGCUGAAAUCUCAGUGCCAAACUGCAGUGAUGCUGGAGACCCGAGUGCGGCUCUCGCACCGUGCCGGCGGCCUGGCCUUUUGUCUGGCAAAGCUCCAGAGGAAGACUUUGCGCACUGCUUGGGUGCAGCUGGGCCGCUACCAGGGUCACCAAAUGCUGCCAUCUCCUCCACCAUUGCUGACAGCUGGAGGUUUGGGCUCCAUCAAUGCUCAACAGCAGCUCUACUCAGCCUUCAUCCCUGCCACGAACCCGUCGCUUAUGGCCCCACCACGGCGCCUAGUGCCGCGCAGGGCAGGCACUACGCCCCUGUGA